AUGAGACCUACUAGCAAAUGUUUAAAAGUGCUUGGAAUAGGCGUGGACGUGGUCAAUACGGACAGGUUCCGACGUCUAGUGAGCAGAGAUCCCAGGUUUUUAGCCAAACUCACUGCUAGAAUUCUCCAUCCACAGCACGAACUUCCAGAAUUCUUCCGAAUCAGCGAUGCCGAAAACAAAGUUAAGUUUCUUGCAGGGUCAUGGGCUUCCAAGGAGGCUGUUUUCAAGACUUUGGACAUCAGCAGCCAGAAACAGUUCCAAUUUAAACAUUGGUUCAGAAAAUACUCUGAACAGGGUAAACCUCAUAUAUGCAACGACAACUACCCGCAAAGCGAGCAGGAAGAGUUCUUGUUAAGUAUAUCUCACGACAGCAAUGUCCUUGUGGCGAGUGCCUUGAGACAGCAGAAGUGA